ACCAGAGCGUACGCUAACUUCGUAAGCGCGGCGCUGCGUGUGGACAUAGGCACGCAUGCUCUUUGUCGAGGGGGAGUGAGUGGAGAGCAUGAAUGGAGCAAAAUGGCGGAUCAUGUGCAGAGCCUAGCCCAGCUAGAGAUCCUGUGCAAGCAGCUGUAUGAGACGACAGAUACCAGCACGCGUCUGCAAGCUGAGAAAGCUCUAGUGGAAUUCACCAACAGCCCGGACUGCCUCAGCAAGUGCCAGCUGCUGCUGGAGAGAGGAAGCUCCUCUUAUUCCCAGCUGCUAGCAGCCACGUGUCUCUCUAAGCUCGUUUCUCGUACAAGCAACCCUCUGCCCCUGGAGCAGCGCAUCGACAUCCGAAAUUACGUUCUAAACUAUUUGGCAACCCGGCCGAAGCUCGCUGCUUUCGUGACUCAAGCCUUGAUCCAGCUGUACGCCAGAAUCACCAAACUCGGCUGGUUUGACUGCCAGAAGGAGGACUAUGUCUUCAGGAAUGUCAUCGUUGACGUCACCAGAUUCCUGCAGGACAGUGUUGAGCACUGCAUCAUAGGAGUCACCAUUCUGUCCCAGUUAACCAAUGAGAUUAACCAAGUAAGUUCCUCCACGCUCUUCCACGAUGCAGAUACGACGCAUCCGCUUACAAAACACAGGAAGAUUGCAUCGUCCUUCAGAGAUUCCUCUCUGUUUGACAUCUUCACACUUUCCUGCAAUCUCCUCAAACAGGCGUCAGGCAAGAACCUGAACCUGAAUGAUGAAGGUCAGCACGGUUUGCUGAUGCAGCUGUUGAAGCUCGCCCACAACUGCCUCAACUUCGACUUCAUUGGCACGUCCACUGAUGAGUCCUCAGACGACCUGUGCACCGUCCAGAUCCCCACCAGCUGGAGAUCAGCCUUUCUGGACUCCUCAACGCUGCAGCUGUUUUUUGAUUUGUAUCAUUCCAUCCCUCCCUCCCUCUCUCCUUUGGUUCUGUCAUGUCUAGUUCAGAUAGCGUCUGUUCGGAGGUCUCUCUUCAAUAAUGCUGAGAGGGCGAAGUUCCUCUCCCACUUAGUGGACGGAGUUAAGAGAAUAUUGGAGAACCCACAAAGUUUAUCAGAUCCGAACAACUAUCAUGAGUUCUGCCGCCUGCUAGCCAGACUAAAGAGUAACUAUCAGCUCGGGGAGUUGGUGAAGGUGGAGAAUUAUCCAGAGGUUAUCCGGCUUAUCGCCAACUUCACCGUCACAAGCUUACAGCACUGGGAGUUUGCCCCCAACAGUGUGCAUUACCUGCUGAGUCUGUGGCAGCGGCUGGCCGCCUCUGUGCCGUAUGUUAAAGCCACCGAGCCGCACAUGCUGGAGACCUUCACCCCUGAGGUGACCAAAGCCUACAUCACAUCACGCCUGGAAUCAGUCCAUAUCAUCCUCAGGGAUGGUCUGGAAGACCCUCUGGACGACGCUGGUUUGGUGCAGCAGCAGCUGGACCAGCUCUCCACCAUCGGCCGCUGCGAGUACGAGAAGACCUGUGCUCUCCUGGUGCAGCUCUUCGACCAGUCAGCACAAUCCUACCAGGAACUGCUGCAGUCCACCAACUCCAGCAGCAUGGACAUCGCCGUGCAGGAGGGUCGGUUGACGUGGCUGGUGUACAUCAUCGGUGCGGUUAUUGGGGGCAGAGUUUCCUUCGCCAGCACAGACGAACAGGACGCCAUGGACGGAGAACUCGUCUGUCGAGUUUUGCAGUUGAUGAAUCUGACAGACUCUCGGCUGGCUCAGGCCGGUAACGAGAAACUGGAGCUGGCCAUGCUCAGCUUCUUCGAACAGUUCCGCAAAAUCUACAUCGGAGACCAGGUGCAGAAAUCCUCAAAGUUGUACCGGCGGCUCUCUGAAGUUCUGGGACUGAACGAUGAGACGAUGGUGCUCAGUGUGUUCAUCGGGAAAAUAAUCACCAACCUGAAGUACUGGGGACAGUGUGAACCCAUCACUUCCAAAACACUACAGCUUCUCAAUGACCUGUCUAUUGGCUACAGCAGCGUGAGGAAACUGGUCAAGCUCAGUGCAGUCCAGUUUAUGCUCAACAACCACACGAGCGAGCACUUUUCCUUCCUGGGUGUUAACAAUCAGUCCAACCUCAGCGACAUGAGGUGUAGAACCACUUUCUACACAGCCCUCGGCAGGCUGCUCAUGGUUGACCUGGGUGAGGACGAGGAUCAGUUUGAGCAGUUCAUGCUUCCACUCACGGCUGCCUUCGAAGCCGUCGCUCAGAUGUUCAGCACCAACACCUUUAACGAACAGGAGGCCCAGAGAACGUUAGUGGGUUUAGUGAGAGACCUGAGGGGAAUUGCCUUCGCCUUCAACGCCAAGACCAGCUUUAUGAUGCUCUUUGACUGGAUCUACCCCUCCUACAUCCCCAUCCUGCAGAGGGCGAUAGAGUUGUGGUAUCAUGUACCUGCCUGCACUACACCAGUGCUCAAACUGAUGGCUGAGCUGGUCCACAACAGGUCGCAGAGAUUACAGUUUGAUGUGUCAUCGCCAAACGGGAUCCUGCUCUUCAGAGAGACGAGCAAAAUGAUAACAACAUACGGGAACCGUAUCCUGACUCUGGGCGAGGUGCCAAAGGAUCAGGUGUACGCCCUGAAGCUGAAGGGCAUUUCCAUCUGCUUCUCCAUGCUCAAAGCCGUCCUCAGCGGGAACUACGUCAACUUCGGCGUCUUCCGUCUCUAUGGCGAUGAUGCAUUGGACAACGCCCUACAGACAUUCAUCAAGCUGCUUCUGUCCAUCCCGCACAGUGACCUGCUGGACUAUCCGAAGCUCAGCCAGUCAUAUUACUCUCUAUUGGAGGUGCUCACCCAGGACCACAUGAACUUCAUCGCUAGCCUGGAGCCCCAUGUAGUCCUCUACAUACUGUCUUCUAUUUCUGAGGGGCUCACAGCACUCGAUACGAUGGUGUGUACGGGCUGCUGCUCCAGUCUAGACCACAUAGUGACCUACCUGUUCAAACAGCUCUCUCGCAGCACCAAGAAAAGAGCAGCCCCCAUGGCCCAGGAGAGCGACCGCUUCUUCCAUAUAAUGCAGCAGCACCCUGAGAUGAUCCAACAGAUGCUGUCCACGGUGCUGAAUAUCAUCAUAUUUGAAGACUGCAGGAAUCAGUGGUCCAUGUCCCGGCCGCUGCUCGGUCUCAUCCUGCUCAAUGAGAAGUAUUUUGCAGAUUUAAGGAACAGCAUUGUGAACAGUCAGCCUCCGGAGAAGCAGCAGGCCAUGCACUUAUGUUUUGAAAAUCUAAUGGAGGGCAUAGAGCGGAACUUGCUCACUAAAAACCGAGACAGGUUUACACAGAACCUUUCAGUAUUUAGGAGAGAAGUGAACGACUCCAUGAAGAAUUCCACGUACGGUGUAAACAGCAACGACAUGAUGAGCUGACAUUCCACCACACAGCACCAGGCGUGGCUCGGGCCGCCUCUGUCCACUCCCCCUGCCCCCCCGGCCCGGACGCCAGGGGACCACCGCUACGCAAGCCUGCACAUCCUAAACCCCUAAACACCUCCCUCAGCAUCCCCCCACCCAACACCAACACAGACCCCCUCCCCCGUCUCUUCCUUCUCCCUUUUUAUAUAUAUAUACACAUAUAAAUAUAUACAUAUUUUAAAGCCAGUUUCUAGGGGUCUCCUGGCCGCAGACUUUCCGGCUUGGACUCAAAUGUCUGAGAGAUUGAGAGAGAAAGAGAGCGGGGGUCAGGGGAGUGGGUGUGGAUUAGAGCAGGGAUUGGGGUUGUGAGAAAGUUUAGGGUCGUGGGUUUUGGGGGCUUUGAAUGAGAGGGCAUGAAUGAUGUGGGUGGGCACCAGCAUGAUUGGGUUGUAUUUCCAGCUGGACGAGGGAGGUAGAAGGUUGCGUGCGUGUGCGUGUGCGUGUGU